GCGCGCGGCCCCGCGGGUGACAGGCGGGCGGGAAGGGGCGGGGCCUCGGGCGGGGCCGCUGAGGGGAGGAGGGCGGCGGGAGGGGAGGAGUGGAGAUGGCGGCGGCGGCGGCGGCGGCGGCUCAGGGGGGCGGGGGCGGGGAGCCCCGGAGAGCCGAGGGGGUCGGCCCGGGGGUCCCGGGGGAAGUGGAAAUGGUGAAGGGGCAGCCGUUCGACGUGGGCCCGCGCUACACGCAGCUGCAGUACAUCGGCGAGGGCGCUUACGGCAUGGUCAGCUCGGCCUAUGACCACGUGCGCAAGACUCGAGUGGCCAUCAAGAAGAUCAGCCCCUUCGAGCAUCAGACCUACUGCCAGCGCACGCUCCGGGAGAUCCAGAUCCUGCUGCGCUUUCGCCAUGAGAAUGUCAUCGGCAUCCGAGACAUUCUUCGGGCGUCCACCCUGGAAGCCAUGAGGGAUGUCUACAUUGUGCAGGACCUAAUGGAAACUGACCUGUACAAGUUGCUUAAAAGCCAGCAGCUGAGCAAUGACCACAUCUGCUACUUCCUCUACCAGAUCCUGCGGGGCCUCAAGUACAUCCACUCCGCCAAUGUCCUCCACCGGGAUCUAAAGCCCUCCAACCUGCUCAUCAACACCACCUGCGACCUUAAGAUCUGUGAUUUCGGCCUGGCCCGGAUUGCUGAUCCUGAGCACGACCACACUGGCUUCCUGACAGAGUAUGUGGCUACACGCUGGUACCGGGCCCCAGAGAUCAUGCUGAACUCCAAGGGCUAUACCAAGUCCAUCGACAUCUGGUCUGUGGGCUGCAUUCUGGCUGAGAUGCUCUCCAACCGGCCCAUCUUCCCUGGCAAGCACUACCUGGAUCAGCUCAACCACAUUCUGGGCAUCCUGGGCUCCCCAUCCCAGGAGGACCUGAAUUGUAUCAUCAACAUGAAGGCCCGAAACUACCUACAGUCUCUGCCCUCCAAGACCAAGGUGGCCUGGGCCAAGCUUUUCCCCAAGUCGGACUCCAAAGCCCUUGACCUGCUGGACCGGAUGUUAACCUUUAACCCCAACAAACGGAUCACAGUGGAGGAAGCGCUGGCCCACCCCUACCUGGAGCAGUACUAUGACCCAACGGAUGAGCCAGUGGCCGAGGAGCCCUUCACCUUCGACAUGGAGCUGGAUGACCUACCCAAGGAGCGGCUGAAGGAGCUCAUCUUCCAAGAGACAGCACGCUUCCAGCCUGGGGCGCUGGAGGCCCCCUAACCUAGACAGAUAUCCUGUGCCCUGGGGCCUGAUAAGGAAACUGAGCUCCAGCCUGCCCAGCUGUGAGGGUGAUGGGCUGCACCGGGUCUGCCCGAGGGUGCUGAUGACUCCUCUCCUGCCUGCUUCCCUCUUUAGGAGCUGCCUUCCUCCUGCCCCUCUCCUGCCGGACUGUUAGAAAAUGGACACUGUGCCCAGCUCAGACCUUGGCAGCCCAGCCGGGGUGGAACAUGGGCCUGGCCACCUCUCUCCUUUGCUCAGGCCUCCAGCUUCAGGCAGGUCAAGGCCUCCUCCUCUCUGCCUGUCCUCUCCACAGGGCAUCGGAGGCUCAGGUGGCCCCAGUUCAGUUUCCCGCUGCUGCUGCUGUGCCCUUCCCCAGCGUCCCAGUCUCUGCAGUUCUGGAAUGGAAGGGCUCUGGCUGCCCAACCUGCUGAGGGGCGGGGGUGGAGGGUGGGGGGCAUUGAGUAGGACUCAGGGCCAGGCCUUCCUCCUCAUCUCAUUCAACCCCCUCCCUAGUUUCCCUGAAGGAACAUUCCUUAGUCUCAAGGGCUAGCAUCCCCGAGGAGCCGGGCCAAGCUGAAUCCCCUUCCUGUCAAAGCUGCCACUUUGAGCGCCCUCACUGCUUCUGUGUGUGGUGAUCGGAGUGGAGCUGGGGGGCGUGGAGAGCCCGGCACCCCCACCACCUCCUUGGCCCGUCUAAUAUAUAAAUAUAGAGAUGUGUCUAUGGCUGA